GGGAUUCAUCUGUAACUUUCAGUGUCACCACAAGCCCAAGUAAUGAUACGAGUUUGAAAAUUACCGUUACUUUUGUGCUGUUAGAUUCUUAUCCGAGAAGAUUGCCAUCCAUCUCUGUACAGUCACAGUAUCUCAGUCGCCAGGAAUGUGAUAAAAUUAAGACAUUCUUGUCAAGGGAGGCGGAAACCUACUGUGGGAGUCCAAUGAUCAUGAGUCUCCUAACAGCACUUCAAGAGAAAGAUGUAAGCAGACGAGUAGUCAGUAUGACAACUUCAAAACCUAAGGAUGAAGAGGAAAUAACAACAUGUGUUCUCCAACUUGACCACAUGCGAAAUAAAUCGCAAUAUACUAAAACAAUCAAACGGUGGUGUGAAGAACUGGAAAUAACAGGAAGGUUGCUUUUCUGUCAGCGCUGGAUUUUUAUAAUUUUGCAAAGCUGUGAGAUAAAUAUCAAGAUAGAAAAUCAUCAAGAAAUGCUUACGUGACUACACCUGUAAAUGCAAGACAAAAUCUGUCAAGACAUGAAUAGAACCGCUAGAGAAAUGAAAGUGAAGAAAAGUACAAUGCUCUAUCCUUUGUCUAACUUGCUGAAAAUGGCAAAAUAAAAACUUGGCAUGACGUAUACUCUAAGUUACAGACUAAAUCAGGCUGGGUUGGGGCACUUUUUUGGUUGCAAAAGUCAAAUGGGAGCGUAUGUUCAGCACCCAUCACCAGUUGCAUUUAAACAUCAUCUCAGAGCCCACCUUUUGGGAAAAGACAGCACACUUCUGAGCUCAAAGAGCAACGUUUAAAACUGCAACAGUGAAAAUGUAACGUCCGCCUCAUUUUCCCACGUCCCUGACAAGCAAGACUCGACAAAGAUAAAGGAAAUUCCCUUCAGAAAGAACCCAGUAUAUCAGCAAUUUUAUUUUGCUUACCAGGAUGAUCAAAGUGAGGACUUCAAAGACCAGGAAGUUGAAGAACAAACAUGGGAAGAUGCCAUAUGUCGGUGGGUUCAUUGCUCGCAAGUUUCCACAACUGGAAUAUUUAGGAGCAAAAGUAACAAAGGAAGAUGACAAAGAUUGGUGCCAUAAGCUUUAGUGAAGGGAAACUAAUGAAACCUAGUGCUUCUUGAUCAUUUGAAAUCUAUGGAUAAGAUGUUUGAUUCUCAACAGCCUUAAAAGGAGCAAUAAUUAAAUUAGAGGAUAUAAGCAGUCACAUCCAAAUAACUUCAAAAGUCUAAAUAUUUUGUUCCAUGCCAUAGAGUUUUUAGAAUUCAAAAUUUGAACAGACACAUUAGUAGUUCCAGAAAAGCGGUGCGUAGAUUGAAAAAGUAGCAACAUAGCUAUAUAUGUGCAAAAUGUGAUUUUAUGGAGAUCUGUUAAAAGUGUAGUUUAGACAUAUAUUUAUAUUAUUGUUUAGAAUGUUCUUUAGAACUCGCUCAUGGUUAUUUAAUACAUUAAUAUAGCUUUUAUUCAGACU